AUGUUUUACGAGUUCUCGAUCCAGUACGACGAUCCGGUGAUACUGGUGCUGGACAAGACGCCGUUGUCAGACAUACUCUAUUUCAAAGUCAACCACGCCUACCCGAACUGGAUCCCACCUCACUACCUUAGGAUGGUGGACGACAGCAAGAGUGGUGGCAACAGCAAUACGGAGAGCAACAGCCUUGACAGUGACUGUGACAGCGACAAGAGACGAAAACCGACGAAGCUAGAGACAUCGCUACCGGCGCAGCAGACACCAGAAAGCUUCUUCACAUUCCCCUUUUUUGGAAGCAGGGGCCCUGAUCACGACGGAGGAAAAGACCCUGCAGCAAACUUGUCCCUUGAAUUUCGCCGAUAUGUACACCUGGCCCACACUUUUCUCGACUCGUACCUGCCAUCCGACGUGAUCAACUCCCCGCAGGACUCGGUGGCGGCGUCCGCAAUCAGGGUGUUGUCCCCGCUUGUUCCGCAGGGGAACUGGACGACAGGGGCAAACCCACCAGCACCUAACGAGUUCUUCUACCGACAUUUUCCCAAAGUGUCGCCGGACUUUGACAACGACUAUCACACGAGAAAUCCAGGAGUUUUCUGGGGCUGGUUCUAUCUCACCCGUUGGCUUCCAGAGCUUAUCCAGAAGGUGAUGUUUCCCUUGAACGACGUCGUCUACGACAGCAAGAUCGAGCAGAUGGCUAAGGGCGAUGCCAAUGCUGAAGCAAGCGACUCCCUGCACGAAAAAGCCUCCCAGUACAUACCCAAGGCCCGGAAGCUAACGGGAAGACAGACACCCACUCUUCUUGAGUGCCAGUUGUGCAGCAAGUUCCAGGGAUUCAUGCUCUGGAACCGACAGCAUGAUUGGUUCUGCGUAUACAAGGACAAACUCCCUAGUUUGAUUGGCAACGAUGCUACGAAAAUCACGAAAGCUCAACUUGACGACGAAAACUUCAGACGUAACCAUGUUCCACAAGAUAACGAUGGUAAGCGAUACUUUACCUCUUUCAACGACUUUAUAGAGUGGAACACGGAAUACACAAAAAAGCUGAUUGAGUUGGAGAGAAAGGCAUAUGGCGCAAAGGAUAUGGAUGAAAUGACCGCAGUAGAAGCAGAGAUAUAUGAGCUGAAGACCCUCAGAAAAAGGCGUGACAAGAUCACCGCUGAUCACAUAGUUAGCGUGAAGGGCUAA